CCGGUCUCGGCCCUUUCCCAAAGCCAAACAGCGAGGGAGGUUGCUAGCCCCCACCCCGCCCAAUAAUCACUUGGCGCACUACGCCGAGCAGGUAGCCAUCACCGUCCGGCGGCCAUGGCCAUGCCCGUGCGAGUACUGCAUGCUCUGCUUGCUGUCGCGGCUGCAUGCGUCGCCGCGGCAGAGGCGGCGGCGGCAGGGAAUAAUAAGGUGCCGGCGAUCUACGUGUUCGGUGACUCCACGGCGGACGUUGGCAACAACAACUACCUACCGGGCAGCGUCGUGCCGCGGGCGAACUUCCCGCACAACGGCGUCGACUUCCCCACGUCGCGGCCCACCGGCCGGUUCAGCAAUGGCUACAACGGCAUCGACUUCUUGGCUCUUAACAUGGGAUUCAAGCGCAGUCCCCCACCGUUCCUCGCUGUGGCCAACAAAACCAGCAAGCAGAUCUUCAGAGGUCUCCUGGGAGUCAACUUUGCCUCUGCAGGAUCAGGCAUUCUUGACACAACAGGGAGCUCCAUCAUCCCACUAAGCAAGCAGGCCGAGCAGUUUGCCACCUUGCAGUUCAACAUCUCCGCGCACAUCAGCACAGGAGCAGCCGACACCGUGGUGUCGCGAUCCCUGUUCCUCAUCAGCACCGGCGGCAACGACCUCUUCGCCUUCUUCUCGCGGAACAGCACGCCGUCGGACACCGACAAGAAGAUGUUCAUCGCCAACCUCGUGUCGCUCUACCAGAAUCACGUGAAGGUUCUGUACGUGCUCGGGGCGAGGAAGUUCGCCGUGAUCGACGUCCCGCCGAUCGGGUGCUGCCCCUACCCGAGGAGCCUGCACCCUCUCGGCGCUUGCAUCGACGUCCUCAACGAGCUGGCGCGCGGGUUCAACAAGGGCGUCAAGGCCGCCAUGCACGGCCUCAGCGUGAGCCUGCAGGGGUUCAAGUACUCCAUCGGGAGCUCCCAUGCCGUCGUGCAGAGCAUCAUGAAGCAUCCUCGAAGGCUCGGAUUCAAGGAGAUCACGACUGCGUGCUGCGGGUCGGGCAGGUUCAACGGGAAGUCAGGCUGCACGCCGAACGCCACGCUGUGUGACAACCGGCACGAGUACCUCUUCUGGGACCUGCUGCACCCGACGCACGCCACCUCCAAGCUCGCCGCCGCGGCCAUCUACAACGGCUCUCUUCACUUCGCAGCGCCGAUAAACUUCAGGCAGCUAGUGGAAGACCAGUACUAGCAUGGCCCACCGUGUACCGUGUUGUGCACUUGUGCUGUAGAUUUCCGGCGUCUAUGUGGUGAUGUUGUGUGUAGGAUAUGCGUGGUGGUGUUCAUCAGUUGUUUGUGCUUUAGGAGGCGGUGGUGGUGUAGUUGGGAUUCGGAGGAAAAAUGUGCAUCUCUCCAGUUGUGCGCUCGUACAUCUGAACGACUAAACGAAAUCUUUUCAAAAAAAAAACCCGACUGAACGAAUUGAUGCAGGGCAUGGAAGCGAUUGCCGA